AUGUGGGCCAUCGGCACCGUCGCCGGGCCCCUCAUGGGUGCCGGCUUUGCCCAGCACGCCACCUGGCGCUGGAUCUUCUGGAUCAACCUGCCCCUGAUGGCCGUCGGCGUCCUCAUGAUCUACUUCUUCCUCAAUCAGACCGAGCUGCCCGGCAACCUGCGCACCAAGCUCGCGCGCUUCGACUGGUUCGGCAGCUUCCUCUUCACCGCCGGCUCCACCAUUCUGCUGUUCGGCAUCUCGACCGGCGGCGUCAUGUACGACUGGGGCUCCUUCCGCACCCUUCUGCCCCUGAUCCUCGGCAUCCUCACCCUGCCCGUGUUCGCCUACUGGGAGCUCCACUGGGCUAAAGAGCCCGUCAUUGACAGAGGCAUCUUCCGAAACUGGACCAUGAUUGCCAACUACAUCAUGACCGUCUUUCACGGCAUGAUCCUUUGUCGCUCAUCUACUUCCUCAUUCUACUCCCCCAUCAUCUCCGCCCUCGCCUGGCUCCCCGAAAGCCUGACCGUCGCCCCCGCCGGCAUCGUUGUCGGGGUCAUCGCCGCCAUCAAGGGCCACUACCGAUGGUCGCUCUGGACGGGCUGGGCGCUGAAGACGCCCGGGCCCGGCCCCCUCUAUCUCCUGAACCCCGACACGGCCGUCCGCCAUUGGAUCCCGGUUAACCUUCUCAUGGGGGCGGCACGGGAGGUUUUGUACUACCAAGGCGUCAAGUUCUACUCCCCCAUCAUCUCCGCCCUCGCCUGCCUCCCCGAGAGCCUGACCGUCGCCCCCGCCGGCAUCGUUGUCGGCGUCAUCGCCGCCAUCACGGGCCACUACCGAUGGUCGCUCUGGACGGGCUGGGCGCUGACGACGCUCGGCGCCGGCCUCCUCUAUCUCCUGAACCCCGACACGCCCGUCCGCCACUGGAUCCCGCUCAACCUCCCCAUCGGCGUCGGCACGGGCAUGCUCUUCCCCGCCAUGGCCCUCUCCAUCCAGGCCGCCUGCGCCCCGCACCUCAACGCCCAGGCCGCCGCCUUCUUCGCCUUCCUGCGCACCUUUGGCCAGUCCGUCGGCGUCGCCGUCGCCGGCGUCAUCUUCCAAAACGCCUUUGCCGACGAGCUCGCCGCCACGACCGAGUUCGCCGCCGUCGCCGACCAGUACGCCGACGAGGCCACCAUCGUCAUCGGCAUCAUCAACGGCAUGGCCCCCGGCCCCGACCGCACCGUCCUCGUCGCCGCCUACGCCGACGCCCUCAAGACCAUCUGGCUCAGCCUGCUCGCCUUUGCCGCCUUCUGCCUCGUCCUCAGCGCCUCGGUCAAGAGCUACUCGCUGCAGCAGGCCCACGACCCCAAGCAGGCCCUCAUCACGAAGCAGCGGGACGCCGCCGCAGCCAAGAGGGCGACGGCCGACGUCGAGGCCGCGACGGUCAAGGCGUAG